AUGACAUUGUUUGCCUCAAGUGUCCAAGUACUCUGUGUGAGGAGCAGAGGGUGUCGGUGGUGCAAGAGCUACAGAGACAGCGCAGACACAGUCGCCAAGCCACCUUGCCGGUCCCCAAGCGCCCUGCCCAGCAAGCAGAGGCAUCGCCGCCGCGCCUCGCCGCCAGUCCACGGCGCAUGCCCCGCUCGGCCGGGGCGGAGUCUCCAGGGCCAGCCCGGCGGCCUGAAACCCCGAUUGGCGGCGCGAAUAGCCGGAGCGGAGUGUGCGUGCCCGCCCUCCCGUCGGGCAGUCCGCACCCCUGCUCCCUCUCUCCCAGCGCGGGCCUGGGGGAUCAAUGAGGCCCUGGACGCGGCUGGGCACGGGCGCUGCAGAAUUAAAAUGCAGCUGUUGGGGCUCGUGGUCUGUUUGGUCCUUGGGACCCUGCCUGUCCAGGCAGCUGGAAAGACACCUGUGGAUCCUGAAACAUAUAUGAAUGUGAGUGAAAUUAUCACUUACUGGGGAUUUCCUUGUGAGGACCACUUAGUUGAGACGCAAGACGGAUAUAUUCUUACCCUUCACCGAAUCCCUCAUGGGAGGAAGAACCAUGCUGUCAAAGGUCCCAAACCAGUGGUUUUCCUGCAGCAUGGCUUGCUGGCAGAUUCUAGCAACUGGAUCACCAACCUGCCCAACAACAGCCUGGGCUUCAUUCUGGCAGAUGCUGGCUUUGAUGUGUGGAUGGGGAACAGCAGGGGAAACACCUGGUCUCGGAAACACAAGACUCUUUCAGUUUCUCAGGAGGAGUUCUGGGCCUUCAGUUUCGAUGAGAUGGCAGAAUAUGACCUAUCAGCUUCAGUUAACUUUGUUCUCAAUAAAACUGGUCAAAAACAGUUAUUUUAUGUGGGCCACUCUCAAGGCACCUCAAUAGGUUUCAUAGCAUUUUCACGGAUACCUGAGCUGGCCAAAAAGAUUAAAGUGUUUUUUGCCCUGGCCCCUGUGGCUUCAGCCAACCACACUACUGGCCUUCUAACUGUAUUUGGACAAAUUCCAGAAUUUAUCCUUAAGGACAUACUUGGGAACAAAGAGUUUCUUCCCCAGUCUGAGUUUUUGAGGUGGCUGAGCACACACAUUUGUACUCAUGUCAUUUUGAAGGAGCUUUGUGGAAAUAUGUUUUUUCUUCUGUGUGGAUUUAAUGAAAGGAAUUUAAAUAUGUCUAGAGUAGCUGUGUAUGCUGCACACGAUCCUGCUGGGACGUCCGUGCAGAAUGUCUUGCACUGGCGCCAGAUUUAUACACUACGCAAAUUCCAAGCCUUUGACUGGGGAAGCCGUGCCAAGAACUUUUUUCAUUAUAACCAGAGUCAUCCCCCAAGUUACAAUGUGAGGGACAUGCAGGUGCCCACUGCCGUCUGGAGUGGAGGCCAUGACACGCUUGCAGACACCAAGGACGUCAGCUGGCUGCUGUCUGAGAUCCCCAACCUGGUGUACAAGAAGUUCAUUCCCAAGUGGGAGCACCUUGACUUUAUCUGGGGCUUAGAUGCUCCUUGGCAGGUCUAUAGUGAAAUUGUGAAUCUAAUGAGGAAAUAUCAGUGAAAGAAAGACUGAAGUAAUUUACCACCAAGUCUGGGGUCAAGUCUUGUUAAAAUUUGUUUGCUUUAUUUCUUGAAAACACCUGCUUUUCUUUUCUUGGGCUCUUGUAUUUUGAUGUUCUAGAAAAUGAUGACAUUGAAGAUGUCCAAUUCUCUGCAGUUAGGAUUAGAAAUGCAGUAGCCUAGUUAUUGUUUGUUCAAUCACCACUGAAUUUCAAGGAAGUGUCUCAAUCAUGGUGUAAUCCCCAAGGCUUUGAGAAACACCACUCAUGUGUGAAUAGGUCGUGACCACUCUGCUUAGCCUUACAAUUUAAAAUAUUCUAGAUUGUCAUUUUAACCCCACACAGGGUAUGUUAAUUCCUGUUGAAAUUUUUCAACUGUAUUGUCCACUGUUGAGUAGAGGGACGCUGAGUUGAGGGCAGUUCAGUGUCUAAUACCAAGUUCUCAUCUCCUUGCCUUAAGGCUCUCCAGUCGAGUAGCCUUGUAUUCGGUGUCUAGCUGGCACUCUCUCUUGUUCUCAGGCAGUAGGUGCUGAGUCAAUUUCAUUGAGCCCACUUGUAAAGAUCCCUUAAUAAAUUUUAUCAAACUGAACUGUGGUAGCUUUUUCUUAACAAAUGUUUUAAUUGCUCAGACCAAGCAAAGCUAUUUCCUGACAUCUUCAAAACACUAACUACACUCAUUUAAAAAACAGCUAUCUCUAAAUAACUUGAAGACUGAUACACAGGACCAUUUAUAUUCAUGAACUUUAAACAGUGCAGCAGGUCGCAACUCCACAGGUUUGAGGAGAAAAGUGCCGUGGAGAGACCGUUGUGCCAUUUUUCUUGAAAUGAAUGUCUUCUGCCCACCAGCUGCUGUAGGUCAGCAAUAACAUGUUGGUCACAGGCCCUAAGGCUGCCUGUGAGAACUAGUAUCCUCGUUCAUUUUCGCAUGUGAAAAAUAUAGUUGUGAAUGUUUCAAGAUUAAAGCUCAGGGAUUUGUCUUGUUUAUUAGUUUUGUGUGUGUCCGUGUUAUUAAUGCUCCUGACUUGGCCCCUGUAUCAGGAUGUUCACUUUCCCCUGCUUUUUUUUUUUUUAACAGCCUUCUUUCCUUAAAGAACUGUCAGUGUACAGAAUGAUAAUUGAUCUGUUCUUCUGAUAUAGCUGCUUUAUCUGCUGUAGCCACUUUAGCUGCUGUGAGCAACAAUAUUGGUUGAUAUAUAUCAGCUUAUAUGAGUGAACAGAGCAGUACUACUUUGUAGCAUUUAAAAUGUCUUAUUUAAACUUUUCAAUAAACUUCAGUGAGCUUCAUAGG